AUGUUUCGGUUUUUGGUUAUGUGUUGGUGAAAAUCCCGUUUAAAAAACAUUUAUUUCAAUUUGAAAAAUCCUACUACUACUAUUUUCUAAUGUCAACAUGGUCAAACCUAAAUACUGCUUUGUACCAAAUUGCUAUAAUAGUUCAACAGAAUUUCCUCAGAAAAUAUUUAUAACAGUGCCGUAUGAUAGUAAUGUCCGUGCUAAAUGGUAUGCCGCUGUAAAUUCAAAGCAGGCAUUAAAUUCAAGUAAACAUGUGUUUAGUUGUGAGGAUCAUUUUGAUUUGGAGAAGGAUGCUGCAAACUGGGUGUAUUUUAAAAUGAUGGGAAGUAAAUUAAUUUUGAAGAAAGAUGUAUUACCCAAUAAAAAAAUUGAGGGAAAGUACUUUGGUUCCCAAUUGACUGAUUCUGCUAAGAAAAGGAAACGAGAAAAUCUAGAAGAAUGCAGUUUUCGUAAACGACUUUUUGUUAGUAAAGACAUAGAUGAACCACAACCUUCAACAUGUUCAGCACCCGUUCAAUUACCUUCUACCCCAGAAUUGCGUUGUGAAAUGUCUGAGUCUUCAUUGGAUAAUGCACAUUUAAUUAAAUCAUCAUUUAUGUACACACCCUCCAAAACCGCCAUUAUUUCAUCCCCAUCAGGAGAGUUUUAUGAAGAAGAAGUAAAAGUAAAAUGUGACGCAAGCACGAACACCUAUCUUGAGACUUCUAAUAAGAAAAUUCAGAUAAAUUUGAAAGGACAACAACGCAGUAUAGGCUGCAAUACAAAGCAGCUAAAACCAAUAAAUAUAAAACAUCCUCUGAAGAGAACUAUAUCUUGGACAGCAACUAGUAGUUCUACUGAUGCAUCUAUUUCAGAAUAUAUGCCUCACGCAAGUUCAAGUUCAACAUCAAGUACAAAUGUAUCAUAUAAAAAAGCACCACAAAAACAAACAAAUUUAAAUUUAACUGUGUCAAAUAUUGAAUCUAACAGUAGAUUUUAUUUAGGAUUGCCACAAGACGAAUAUUUUUUAAUUAGACUCACAUGUGAAAUAAGUCCUAUUACUUACACUGAUGUAUUAAUAACUAUUAAGAAAAUACGCCUCAAUGAUCCAUACAUGAGACUGGCAAUAGAUUUUGGAAUGAGCGUUUCUUUAGUGAAUAAAAGUUUUAUACGUUCGCUUCCUAUACUUGCUAGUAACUAUCAAGAAUUAAUUUAUUGGCCAAAUGCAUCAAAAAUAAAAUUACGUUUACCAGUACCAUUUAGAUAUAGAUAUCGACAAGUUCAAUCUAUUAUUGACUGCUUAGAAAUUGAAAUUGAAAAGCCAGGAAAACCAAUCCAUCAAGCCUUGACUUGGAGUCAGUAUAAAAAAUGCAAUACUUUAAAAUAUUUAAUAUCAUCUACUCCCAAUGGACUGGUCAACUUUAUUUCAAAUGGUUUUGGUGGCCGAACUACUGACAAAGAAAUAGUGGAAAUGAGUAACUAUUUACAAGCAUUACCCUAUAACUGUGGAGUUAUGGCUGACCGGGGGUUCAAACACAUAGAUGAACUGCUUGUUCAAAAGAAAUGUUUACUGAUUCGACCACCAUCUGUCAGUGCAGGUAAAAAAAGCACCAGAGAAGAAGUUCUAGAAAGUAAAAGAAUUGCAGCAUUGAGAAUCCAUAUAGAGCGAGUUAUAAGAAGGUUACGCGAAUUUUCAAUACUUUCUCCUCAUGCUUGCGUUAAAAGUAAGCUUGUUCAGUGGUUAGACUACAUUAUUAUAAUUGCAUGUGGUAUAAUUAAUUUACAAGGUAGCCUAAUUAAGUAAAUUGAUCAAACUAAUUAAAUCAAAUAAAUAUUGUAAUCUAUAUCAAUUAA